AUGGAAGUAACGACGCUCGCCAUUGAAAAGCUCAAGGAAGUUAUGGAAGAACAGGGUGAGCAGGAAGGGGCCCUGCGCGUCAUCGCCAUUCCGGCGGAGACCGGCGGCCUUCAGUACAUGCUGACCAUGGAGAGCGAGUCCCAGUCGGACGACACCGAACUGAACAUGGAAGGCGUCAAGUUCCUGAUGGACUCGGACAGAGCCCCGUUCCUGGAAGAAGCCACCAUUGACUACGUCGAGAACUUCGGCGGGCAGGUGGGCUUCGUCAUCAACAACCCGAUGUUCGCCCAGGCUUGCGGCGGUUGCGGCGCGGGCUGCGGCUGCGGAGCCGGUGGUGGUGGCGGCUGUGGCUGUGGCGGCGGGGGUUGCGGCGGCCACUAG